AUGGAUCAUGGAAUCCCUCCCUCAGGGGAGAGUUCUCACUCCGCAGCGGCUUGUCCACGAGACUAUGGCAAUCUGGUUCGGCUUCAUUCAUGCAGUUGCCGGAGUAGGUUCUCUUCCUUUGACCUCACACGCCGCAGUAUCUUAACUGAUGUCCAUGACCAGGCCAUCACAAUCGCCCUCCAAGAUCUCUGCCUCCAUCCGGAAUAUCUAGAGCCUCUCCGCCAGGGCAUUGACAACCACUACCUCAACUUUGAGCACACUGCCCAAGGACUCCCACUGCUAGACAGCUUUAUAAAGGAAUCAGCCCGUCUGACCCCCACUGAAGCCUCAAGCACCCGCCGCUACGCCGUCGAAUCUCACACCUUCUCAGACGGCACCCAUCUCAACCGCGGCGACUGGGCUUGCACACCCCUGAUCGCUAUCAACAAGAUCCCAGAGUACUACCCAAACCCAGAGCAAUUCGGCGGUUUCAGAUUUGCUCCUCCAGAGGUGUUGGAGUCCCUUUCGAAGAUGGACCAAGAAGGACUGGCAAAACAGGAUACUCCGUCGAAGCUGGUGGAUACAGACCACAAGUGGCUUAUGUUUGGGACCGGGAAGGAGGCUUGCCCAGGAAGAUUCUAUGCUGCCGCUGCUGCGAAGGUUAUCAUGUCGCAGAUGAUCAGCAAGUAUGACAUGCGAAUGGUGGACAAGACUGCAAAGAGAUGGUGGAGUUUGAGGUCGACGAUUGUUUCGAGGGAGGAUCUUAUGGUGGCGUCUACAUGCCGUGCUAAGAAUUAG